GACGUCCACUUUUAUGUGCAUAUUCCCCCCUACUGACGGAAAUAACUCGCCCAAUUAAUUAACCAAUUCGCAUUUAGUAGGGCACAUUUUCUGCUUCCGCAUUCCCCUCUUUUAAGCACCCGCAAGCAUUUCCAACUGAUGCUCAUUCGAAAAGGCGCCCUUUAAGUAUUUUAAGUGCAUCGAUAAAUACGCACACAGAUAUGUGCACAAAAAUACGUGCACAAAUAUACACGAAAAUACGUACUUUUCCUUUUUUGAAAACCGCCGCGAGGAUACACCCCCUCGAGACGCGUCAAAGACAAGUGCGUUUGGCGGUGGCGCCAACCUGUAGCUGCUUAGGGCGUCCCCGUUGUUGUAGAGCAAGUGAACGUGGGCAGAGCCACAGCUGGGCGGGUGCACAUAUAUAUAUUUAAAUAUACGCUUAUAUACACACGAUUGUACAUCCCUGCGCAAGGUGGACUACCGAGCGAACAACGCCAACGUCGAUCCCCACAGAGAAAAGCAUCGCGCAGUAAUUAUGAAUUUACCCCACGAUAUCAUCCCGUCGAACGCGAACGAGAAUUUGAUCCCCAGAAAUGUGGACGCGAAGAACAGGUACAAGCGACCACCGUUUUCCGGCAUGGACAUCAGUAGCCACUUGAGCAUUCUUCCCUUCCCACAGUACAACGCUAAUUUCCUUUUCACGAACGACACCAAAUUGAAAAUGUAUAAAAACAAAGUGUUUGGCAUCCCAAUUGAUAUCACCGACUUGAGGGAGAAGUCCAAACAUUUUAACAACACCAUUGGGGGUAGCGACAACGGGAGGAGAAACUUAACCUAUCAAAUGGUUGCCAAGAAUGAUGUACAAGAAAAGGCAAAACACAUUUACCAACCAGCCAUACCGAAAACUGCGUUUGCCUUGCAGCUCUUGAAGAGAAAUAUGAAGGGCACAUGCGGAAUGUACCUAGAGAAGUGCAAGCGAGUGAUUAUUUUUGAUUUGGAUGAUACGCUCAUUCCGACCAACUGGAUCAGAUCCUUUUUACUCACCAGGUGUGCAGUUAGCUAUAAGCAGGGCAUCAAAGAAUUGAAGAAGGAAAUUCAGUUAAAUAAAAAAUGCAACUUUGAGUCAGUUGCUUGCUCCGUAAUACAUUUGGCCAUGUCCUUGUCGCACACCGUAUUCAUCGUGACCAAUGCGCGUAGCGACAAGUGGAUCGAGACAGUCAGGUGGCUUUUCCCGCGCUUUUCGAAGCUGCUUCUGUACUGCCAAAUUCCAAUCAUACGCACGGACCAGCAGAUGGAGCCCUCCCCCCUCAACGUGCAUGAGUAUUUUCGCUUCUGGAUGAGCGCCAAGAAAAAAAAGUUUGAUGACAUUCUUAAGCAGCACUGCACCCUCUACCGCCCCUACAUCUCGAACAAAAUUGAUUUCAUUUCCCUGGGCGACACCGACUUUGAGGAAGUGGCGACUUAUGAGUUACAACUGGCCAACACGGGACUAAUCAACAGAGCCUUCAACGUGAAGGUGCAGGCGGGCCUGUCCCUGGAGGACUUCACAGGGCAACUGAAGCUCAUCCAAGUGGCCUUGUCCAUAAUCGCCAAGGGGUCCUACGCGUACAAAUAUUUGGCUCUGUCCGGAUCAGUUCAAAUUAAAAUGUAA